UCGCCAUGAAGUUCUUACCAGUUCUGGCAGUGAUCGUGCUCUGCACAGCGGCCGUCCAAGCUGGCACGGGUCGUCCUCAGCUGGUGCGUCUGCACCAGGUGACUCGGCAGGAGUACGACGAGCUCCUCCGGCUCACCCAGGGAAAGGAAGAGGUUUCGGAGGCCCGACUGCUCAGCAGCUCGAUUGCCGGCAUCAAGGGCUUGGCCUCUGGCUUCGCGGCUGGCAACUUCAUCCCCGCCAUCUUCAGUUCCGGUUCCAAGGAUCAGCCCAAGAAGGGAAAUCCCCUGUGCGUGGUCACCACCAAUAAUCUGGAUCAGGAUGAGGAAAGACGCUUGGGUCGUGUGGUGAGCAUCGAGUAUGAGCCAAAUUCCGACUCCAGCUCAGGAUCGGGAUCCUCUUCGGGCAGUGGAAGUGGUCAUGGAAGUGGACAUGGAAGUGGACAUGGAAGUGGCAGUGGACAUGGAAGUGGACAUGGCAGUGGCAGUGGAAGUGGUCAUGGCAGUGGACAUGGCAGUGGCCAUGGAAGCGGUCACGGAAGUGGAAGCGAUGAAGAUGACGACAAUUAUGAUGUGUCUACUGUCAACUGCAUCGUCAUUGUCAACGGCACCGAACACUCAACCAAGCCUAAGCCAAAGCCAGAUCACGGACACGGUCACGGUAGCGGUAGCAGUAACGGACACGGAAGCGGACACGGUAGCGGACAUGGUAGCGGACAUGGACAUGGAUAUGGACCCAAGCCACCCUCAGGCUAUUACCCACCACCACCGUUCUACCCCCCUUACUAUGGCUACCCCCCGCCCUACCCUACCCCCCCCUUCCCCUACCCACCACCACCUCCACCACCACCUAAGCCCCACAGUUCCAGCGGAGACAAGCGAUCGGUCGAUGAGGACGAAGUGGAGGUGGGUCGUCUGAUCGAUGCCUACAAUGGAUUGUACUACCAGCCCGAGGUUUUCAGUCUGAGGAGCGGAAAGCAGGACAACUCCGCUUACCAGCCGGCCAGCUAUCCCCAGCAGGAGUACGCCUCCACCUAUCCCAAGGUCAUUCGCAACUACGGACUGACCCAUCCUGCUCCCGUCUACGUGCGAUCACCCCAAUUCGAACAGGAAAACUAGGGAAA